CCGUAGUUACUUUGCCAUACCUCGUGCUGAACCGGUACGGCCCAUAGACCCAGCUGCCUGGAUCUCUCAUACUACCGCACUGACCGGCUCCUUCCCCCAAUACGAGUUUGAUGACCUGCCCCUCACAGUGGGGAAGACAGACAUGGCAACCAUCGUCAAGGUGAUGCAGCUGCCUGGAUCCGGCCUGGAGAUACGAGACCGCAUGUGGCUCAAGAUCACCAUCACUGGUGCUACCAUCGGAGCUGAGGUGGUUGACUGGCUGUACUCCCGAGUGGAGGGCUUUAAGGAUCGGCGUGACGCUCGGAAAUACGCCAGCAGCCUCCUGAAGCACGGCUACCUCAGACACACCGUCAACAAGAUCACCUUCUCAGAGCAGUGCUACUACACCUUUGGAGACCUGUGUCAGAAUACUUGUCGCCUGGACUAUAAAUUGGUCUUUGGGCAGUGCACUGAGGCUUCCUCUGAGCCCGGUGAUGACCAGAAGCCCAUCUCUGAUCUCUGUGAUGACCAGAGGCCCAUCUCUGAGCCCUGUGAUGACCAGAGGCCCAUCUCUGAUCUCUGUGAUGACCAGAGGCCCAUCUCUGAGCCCUGUGAUGACCAGAGGCCCAUCUCUGAGCCCUGA